AUGAAAGGCGGCCGUCCGUCCGUCAUCCGCCAGCCACCGACCCAGAAAUCCAACAUCGAGCUCAUCAACUCGUUGCACUCCAACUUCCUUGCCUCGCAACAGCCCGACACGAACGGCGAAUCAGAUACCAACGGCAGCACCAACGGAUCUCAUUCCCCAUCCUCCACCGCCUGGACCCUCCAGGCCGACGACGCCCUCUACAUCCCCGCUCUCGAUUUCUCGCAGCCCGGCCUCGCGGAGGAGCGCGACCAGUACGACAUUACGGUGAAACUGUUCUAUCUACCGGGCAUACCUGCGUCAAGACGCUGCGCGCAUACAAGGGAGGCGAUUGAUUUGGUAUUGAAGGAACUACAUGUGAAAUCGAUUGAUCUGCUCAUCGUGUCGUUUCCCGGUAUCUUGUUCGAUGCCGAUGAUGACAGCGAGGAAGAGGAGAGCAGUUCCGAUAAAGAGGCUGAUGACUUUGACAGCAUGGUGCAGACAUGGCGGGUCCUGGAGUCAUUGCAGGAGAAGGGCAUGAUUGCGCAGCUGGGCGUGGCGGAGUUUGGCAGUGAGCGGCUAACACGGUUCCUGCCUCACACCAAGGUCAAGCCCUCGGUCGACCAGAUCAAUCUCAAAGACUGCUGCGUGGUGCCCAAGUCCCUGAUCCUGUAUGCCAAGCAGGAGCACAUCCAGCUGUUGACUCAUAACGACUGCAAUGAUAUUCUCCCCGUCGGCACCAUCCGCGAGCUUCUCGGGCCUGCCGACAAAGGUGCCGGUAUUCUGGCCUCUUCGCCAGACGCAAAAGACGGCAUCCAGGGCGACGUCGAGCCACAGUGGGUUGUCAAGUACACGGCGGUGGUCAAGGACCGCGGUGUGGUCGAGAACAAGGGAUAUUUCGCUUUGGCGGAUGUCGGCACAUGCGUCAAGCCCCGGUCAUAG